UUAUCGUAUAAGAAAACUGUACAUGCUGGUUCUUGUUAAUAAAAAAUUAAAAAUAAAAAAGUUCAGCUGAUGACGCGUAUGAGAGCUUAGCUCUGAUUGGCUGCGCGCUGUGAUUGUAAGGCGCCCUCCCAUUGGCUGAGAUUGUCAAUGGGCUUCCCUCGCGUGCCUGGUAUUGUUACUUUUUACUCGUGAACCUCAAGUGUAAACUUUACUUUGAUUUUCACUUUGGUUACCCUAGUAAGUUUGUUUGUUCGGCUGCUAGUUUUCUUUGUGCUGUCUGUAUGCAGGCGGCUUUGUGCGGGGAGCCCAAUGGAGCUGGAGGGUCAGUGGUGGAAAGGAGAACUUGCAGAGGACAUCUAUCAGGCCCUGCGAUACAAAGAGCUGCGGUUGCCUGCAUACAAAGGCCAGUCCCCGCAGCUGAGCCUCAGACGGUAUUUCGCAGACCUCAUUGCUAUAGUCAGCAAUCGCUUCAAGCUGUGCCCGGCGGCCAGACACUUGGCUGUUUAUCUGCUGGACCUGUUUAUGGACCGCUAUGACAUCUCCGUACAGCAGCUUCACAUGGUCGCGUUGUCCUGCUUGCUUUUGGCCAGUAAGUUUGAGGAGAGGGAAGACCGCGUCCCGAAGCUGGAGGCGCUCAACAGUCUGGGCUGCAUGAGCUCCAUGAAUCUGGUUCUGACCAAACCGGGUCUCCUGCACAUGGAGCUGCUGCUUUUGGAGACGUUUCAGUGGAACCUGUACCUGCCGACUGCUGCUCACUUCAUCGAGUAUUACCUGCCGGUCGCUGUAAACGAAACGGACCUGCACGACGGCUGGCCGAUGACCUGCAUGGAGAAAACUAUGCUGUACAUGUCCAAAUACGCUGAUUACUUCCUCGAGGUCUCUUUACAAGAUCAUGCAUUUCUGCGUUUCGUGCCGUCUCUGGUGUCGGCGGCGUGUGUGGCGUCCUCGCGGGUGAUCCUUCGUCUCUCUCCAUCAUGGCCGCCACGUCUGCAGCGUCUGUCAGCCUACAGCUGGGAGCAACUGCUGCCCUGCGUACAGAAACUGCUGAUAGCUCAUGACAGUGAUGUAAAGGAAGCAAACAAGCAGAAGUGUCCUCCUUCUGGAGCUCCGUCGACACAAACAGUGUUUCCAGCUCCGGGUUCGAGUGUUUCCCUGCAGCCGUUCAUGCAGAGGCAGAACACACAGUACAUGCAGCCGCUGGUCAUGUCAACGCAAGCUCCACCCACAUACCGCACACACACCGCAGCUUCCCUGCAGGCCUCCACUGCCCCGCUGCAGAGCCUGGAGGCCAAGGUGAACCUGCCGGCCCGACAGUACCAGCUGAACCCGCUUUACCCCUGCAGCGCCCCCUGCUUUGACAGGUGAUCACAGCAGAUGGAAACUACCAGAGCGUUUCACUGCACAGGGGACUUUUGUGUGUUACUGUGGCACUCCAAGUACCAGGAAGCUCUUAAAGGGACGGUUCACCCAAAAAAAUGUCAAUUUAUUUACCAUUUACUCUAAACUUCUGUGAAAGAUAUACUGAAGAAUGUUGGAAAAAUAGCUUAAAGGAAUAGUUCACCUUAAAAUUAAAAAAGUACUCCAUAUUCUACUCGCCUUCAAGCUAUCGUCUGUUUAUAUGACUUUUUUUUUCCUGUCAGACGAACAAAUUAGUUUUUAUUUUAUCAUGGCUUUUCCAUGCUGUAUAAUGGUGUUGAGUAGUUUUUUUUAAUUUACAAAAUUGUGAAAAAUCUGUCGUCAAACUAACUCUUAGCUCUUCCAAACUGUGAUAUUGCGUUGUAUUUUGGACAUUUCCAAAAACACGAUAUUGACUUUUAUUAUGAAAUUCCUAAAAGCGCAUAAAUCUGUCUUCAAACUUACCUGUAGCUCUUCCAUGCUUAGCUCUUCUAAACUAACUCUUGCUUUUCCUACUGUGUAAUAAUGUGGGAAGUGUGACUUUUAUUUAGAUAUUUCAGAAAGCAAGUAAAUCUGUCGUUAAACUAUUAGCUCGUCCAUGUGCAGCUCUUCCAUGCUGUAUUAGGGUGUGGGGUAUUGACUUUUAUUAUGAAAUUUCCAAAAACGCAUAAAUCUAUCCUCAAACCAACUUGUAGCUCUUCCAUUCGUAGCUCUUUUAAACUAACAUUGCAUCUUUAAUGCUGUAUAAUUGUGUUUGUAGUGUCUUUUAUUUUGAAAUUCUCAAAACAACGUAAAUCUGUCGUCAAACUAACACGUAACUUUUCCAAACUAACUCUGGCUCUUACAUGCUGUACAAUGAUGUUAGAUAUUCUCUUGUAUUUUGAAAUUUCCAAAAGCAUGUAAAUCUGUUCUCAAACUAAUUUGUAGCUCUUCCAUGCUUUGUAAUGAUGUUGGAUAGUGACUUUUAUUUUAAAAUUUACAAAAGGUCAUUUUUGUAAUUUUCAAAGUAAAAGUUUCUAAAAGCUCAUUGAUCUGUCGUCAAACUGACUUUUAAAUCUUCCAAUCUAACUACGGCUCUUCUAAACUGAAUAAUGGCGUUGGAUAAUGACUUUUAUUUUGAAACUUCCAAAAAAUACAUAAAUCUGUCGUCAAACUAACUUUUAUAUUUUACGCGUGUCUCAUGAAGUGGUUUGAUGUAGAUUUGUAACAGAAAUAUUUACAUUUGUAAAAAUUAUAAAACCCAAUCAAUUGUAGUGACGGCAGAAUUUAGGUUUUGCAAAACUGACCAAUGGCGUUUGACGCAUUCGUAGCGGAAACUCUGGGAAUAUUUUCGUCUUGCAGGAACCAUUUACCACUGUUUUUACCACAGAAGAUGACCGAGUUCGAAAACUAGUUGGCUUGGCAUUACCCUAUGACGUUAUACAGUUUAUUACGCUUAAAAUUACAUAAACGUAAAAUAUUGUAAACGUUAGUCGCAUAUAACGUGCAUUUAGUCAUUGCCAGACGUCAGUAAUUUAGUUUGUUUAAUACUUCUGUUACAAAAACACUGCAAAUCUGCUUUAAUAGAAAUAUAAUAACCCCCAGCAGCAUAUAAGUUAGUUUGACGAUUAAUUUUGUAAGGUUCAAAAUAAAAGUCCCUGUCCAAUAUUGUUAUAUAGUAUGGAAGAGCAAGGAUAAAAUUUAAAACUACUCCGACUGUGGUUGUCUUACUCUGGCUCUUCCAUGCUGUAUAAUAGUUUUCAGACUUUUAUUUUGAAAUUUCAAAAAAAUGUGCUAAUCUGCACUCAAACUAACUUGUAUGUCUUAUGAAGGGGAUUGAUAUGUUUUUUGAAUAUUUCACUUUUUUAAUUUUAAACUUCAAUCACUGAUUUUUGGUUGCGAACAAAUACCAUGAUAACAAAACAAACUAAUGUUAUUACGAAUACGACGUUUGACGCAUUUGUAGCAAAAGCUCCGGGAAUAGACAUGUCUUAAAGAAACGCUUGCCACUUUUUUGCCACACAAAAGAUGACAAUGAACAAGAAAACUAGUUGGCUUGUUACCAUAUGACAUUAUUCAGUAUACUAUUAAAAUGAAGUAAAUAUUACAAACAUAAAACGGCGUAAACGUUAGUCACAUAUUACGUGCAUUUGGUUGUCGCCAGAAGUCAGUAAUUUAGAGUAUAAUGUUAAAUGUUUCUGUUACAAAAACAUGUGAUUCUGCUUUAAUAGACGUAUGUUAACCCCCUGGUGGCAUAUGAGUUAGUUUGAUGAUUAAUUUCGGAAGGUUCAAAAUAAAAGUCCCUAUACAAUAUCGUUAUAUAGUAUGGAUGAGCAAGGAUAAAAUUUAAAACUACUCCAUGUUUGUUAAACUAACUCUGGCUCUUCCAUGCUCUAUAAUGGUUUUUGAUAAAUUGAAAUUUCAAAAAACGUGUAUGUCUUACGCAUGUCUUAUGAAGGGGAUUGAUGUCACUUAUUUAAAUUUUAUACUUCAAUCACUGACUUUGGUUGUGAACAAAUAACGUAACAAAUUUAUGUUAUUACGAAUACGACGUUAGACGCAUUUGUAGCAGAAGCUCCAGGAAUAGACGUGUCUCGUAGGAAACACUUGCCACUUUUUUGCCACAUAAAAGAUGACAAAGAACAAGAAGACUAGUUGGCUUGAAAUAGUUUGUUAAAAAUUAUGUAAAUAUUACAAACGUAAAAUGCGUAAACAUUAGUCGCAAAUAACAUGCAUUUGUCGUCUCCAGAAGUCAGUAAUUUAGAGUAUAAUAUAAAAUAUUUCUGUUACGAAAAUGUGAUUUUGCUUUAUCAGAUAUUUGAGUUAGUUUGACGAUUAAUUUUGAAAGUUUCAAAAUUAAAGUCCCUGUCCAAUAUCAUUACAUAGUAUGAAAGAGCGAGGAUACAAUUUAAAACUACUCCGACUGUGAUCAUCUGACAGAAAGAAAAACUUCUAUACAUCAAAGAUUGCUUAAAUUUGGAGGUCGUUAUUAUAAAUCUAAAAAAUGCCAUGGAAGUCAAUGAAUGCUUUUUUCGCAGCGUUCUUCAGUACGUCUUGUUUUGUGUUGAACCAGAAGGAAAUAAGUGAGGAAAUGAUGACUAAAUGUUCAUUUUUAGUGAAUUAUCCCUUUAAUGUUACUUGAUUUGAGCCACUUCGGCUGCUGAAUACUUAAUUUAAUCGAUGUGAACGUAGAUGACUUAAAUCACUGUAAAGUUUGUGAGGAAUGGGACCAAAUAUUGAAAUGUGCAAUAUUAUAAUGCGCUGAAAACUGCCCUUUGGUGUUCGCUUGUUGAGUUAUGUUUACCUGAAGAGAUAGUUCACCCUAAAAAAUACAAAUUUAAUCAACAUUUGCUCCCUUUCAAGUGGUUCCAAACCUUCAUAGUUUUUCAAGUUAAACACAAAUGAAGGUAUUUUGAAGAAUGCUGGCAACCAUUGACUACCAUAGUAGGAAAAACAAAGUACUAUAGGAGUCAAUGGUAUUCUUCAAUAUAUAUAUGUUUCUAUUUUGAUCAACAGAAGGAGCUCAGAUUUGUGAAGAGUAAAUGAUGACCGAUUUAAUUUUUGUGUGAACUGUCCCUUCAAUUUCACUAUUAUUAGUAUUAUUAAUAUUAUUAUUGUUUUCAGCAGUGUUUCUCAACCACGUUCCUGGAGGACCACCAGCACUGCAUGUUUUAGAUGUCUACUUUGUCUCUCAGGCCCAUUACAAGUCUUUCAGUCUCUGCUUAUGAGCUGAUGACCUGACUCAGGUGUGUUUGAUUAAGGGGACAUGGAAAAUGUGCAGAGCAGGAACAUGGUUGAGAAACACUGGUUUACAGGAAUCUUUCAUUAAUAAAGACAGAAGUACUGUGGUUUUUACUAACACUAAAGCAAUUGUUUUGCUCUACCUCAUUGAAUAUUAUUGUCUUGUGACCUUAUAAAUGCACUUUGGUAUAGUGUUUAGUUGGGUUUUUUUUUUUUAUAAAAAUGCAACGUUUCUGUUGUAUCUUGGUUGUGGUGUUGUAGAUUUACAUUAAGGUUUAUUGCAACUGGAACGUUUGUUUAUUUAAAAAUUCACUUUUCAGUGUUUAAAAGCAUCCACAAAUGUGCGUGAGAGAAGAAAAUGUGGAAAUUCACUGUAUUUCUUUUAUUUAUUUGUUUGUUUUUGGGAAUUUGAGAAUCACAAAAUCAAUUCUUACAGAGAAGUCUUAUUUUUAAUAUCAUGUAAACUGCAUUUGUUCUGAUCACAAUAUGAACGGGUGUGUUUGUAGAAUAAAUGUUGAUUAUCUAAAAAUA